AUGGCGCGCGUGCCGGGGGCGGGGGCGGAGGACGGAUCGCGCGAGCGCGAGCGCGGGCGGAUCGGCGGGCCGGGGACGAAAGCGGUGAAGAUUGGCGCGAUCGCGGCGUUGGCGCUGUUGCUCGCGCCGCGAGCGGCGAGUGCGAGUGCGCGUGGAGACAGAGCGCGGGAGCACGGAAGCGCGGAGGUUCGGCGGGUGACGGAAAGAGGCGCCGUCGUGGGGGAGUUGGCCGAGGCGGAGGGCGGCGACGGCGAGGAGGGCGGCGAUGCGAGGGCGAAUGAUGAGAGCGCGGAUCCGAGCGUGAGCGCGAGCGGAGCUGAUGAGGAUGGGGAUGAUUUGUUCGACGACGACGACGGAACGCCGCGAGCGCAGAGGACGAGGCGGCGUAGAGGGACGCAGAAGAAGGCGUCUCUGGUUUCGCACGAACCCGAGAAGAAGAAAAAGGUUCCGACGGGUAAGAUAGCGGCGAAAGAGGCGCUGGAUCGCGUCGCGUACAAGACGGGCGAGCACCCGGAGAGCAAGAGAAUUCAGUUGAGCCGGUUAGAACAAGAGUUGGCUGAGAGAGCGGCGGCGUACGAAGAGUACGAAAAGGAAAAGAACAGCAAGAACCCGUUUACGAAAAUCUUCUCCAAGCGCGGGGACAGAUUCGUGCGAAACAUCAAUUUGCAGUACUUGCGCGACCCUUACGCGAUGAUGGGCACCGAUAAGUUCCCCACAGAGACGUCUUACACGGCGUUUCACAAGAUGAUUGACGUCGGUCGCGUCAACCGCGUGGUUUAUCGCUCCAACGAGACGAGCAUUCGAUACUACAUCGACGACACCGAGGAGGUGUUCGGGUGCAAUUUGCCGUAUGACCCGAUGUUAUACAAGAAGCUCUUGCAGGAGCGCCCGGGAGCGAUGGGUCACAUUAGGAUUGAGAUGGAGCAGGCGCCCGAGUGGUUGAAGUUUGCGUCGUUCGCCUUCAACGCGUUCACGCCGCUCAUCGUCAUCUACUACGCCUGGAUGAUCUACGACGGCACGUUCAAGGAUAGCUCAGAAGACAUGUUCGGUAACAUGACGACACGCCAGUACGAUUCUACAGUGCGCCAGGGUAUGAGCUUGAAGGACAUUAGCGGCAUCGACACCGUCAAGGAGGAGAUGCUCGAGCUCAUCUCCUACCUCAAGGAUUUCGACAAGUACAACUCCAUGGGCGCACGCAUUCCAGCUGGCGUCCUCCUUUGCGGUCCGCCAGGCACGGGUAAGACCUUGCUCGCGCGCUGCGUCGCCGGCGAAGCAGGUGUACCGUUCUUUUCUUGCGCCGGUACGGAGUUUAUGGAGAUGUUUGUCGGCGUCGGUGCUGCGCGUAUUCGUAACUUAUUCGACCAAGCCAAGAAAGUGGCGCCGUGCAUCAUCUUCAUCGAUGAGUUUGAUGCUGUCGGAACGAAACGUUCGGAGACGGGCCAAGGUCAAGUGUACGGUAACGACGAAGCUACGGCUACUAUCAACCAAAUGUUGACUGAGAUGGACGGCUUCUCCACCGCGACGGGUAUCAUGAUUUUGGCGGCAACGAACCGACCGCAAGUGCUCGAUCCGGCUCUCAUUCGUGCCGGUCGCUUCGAUCGGGUGAUCGAGAUGGGUUUACCGAACAAGAAGUCUCGACAAGAGAUUCUGUUCCUGCACUGCAAUAAGCCGACGUUUGCCGGUAACAUUGACCCCAACUUGGAUUACGAAUACAUCGCUAGACAGUGCGCUGGGUUCAGCGGCGCGGACAUUGAAAACCUCACCAAGUCCGCAGUGAUGCGCGUCGCGCAAGCCGAGCGCGGACUCGCCUCGACGGGCGACUUCCUCUGGUGCAUUGACGAUAUUCGACGAUCGCAGAGCUUCGUUCGCAACGGCAGCGGUGCCGGCAGCUUGGCUCGAGACAGCAUGCUUGAAGAUGUUCUCGUGGCUCAGAUGAACCCGUACACGCGCGACACCGUCGCGGCGUAUUUUGCCGCGCAAACGCUCGUCGCGAUGCAAAUGCCCGCGUACGACGAGGUGAGCAAGGUGAGCGUGUUCCCCAGCGGCCAGGCGAGUGGUCAAAUCUCCUAUGUCCCCGACGAAGUGGACUCCCCGGCGGCGCGUUCAGUGCGCUCUCAAUCGUAUUAUGAGAGUAAGCUGUGCGUUCUCGUUGCUGGUCAGAUGGCGGAGCGAUAUUUGUACGGCCCCGAGCACGUCUCGACGACGGGUUCGGAGGACAUCGCGAUGGCGACCAAGUUGGCGUGCGAAAUGGUCAUGCGUCACGGUUGGAGCGACUUGGGCCCGAUCGCGCUCGCACCCGAAUCGACUCGCGAGGAAGAUUACCUUCGCGUGGGCAAGGAUUCGAGCAUCGAUUUGAUCGGGCAAAUGUCCGACGAGAUGGAUUUAUUAGUGUACAACGAGGUGAGGAAGACGUUGACCCGAGCGUGUCAACGCGCGGUCAUGGUGCUCCACGAGCCAAAGAACAGAGAGAUGCUCUUCACUCUCAAGGAGUCGUUGCUCACCGUGCGCGACAUUACCGGUCGACAGCUCGUUAACGCGUUCGAGAAGGCUGGCAUCGAGCGCGAGCGAACGUUCGAGGUGUGGGAUCUCUCCUGGGGCGAACAAAAGGAGGUGUACUGGGACGAUUUGAUGCUCUCCGUGUGGGCGCAAGAGCCCGAGAGCGGCAAGUUCUGGGAGCUCGUCAAGGACCAGUGGCACGCCAUCGGACCGAGCGCCGAUAACGUUGUCGAACUACCCGCUUGGGCUGAAAACUACCUCGGCUCCAUGACGGAUGACGACCGGAUCAACCUCGCCGUGACGCUCCCAGAGGAAGCCGCAAACAAGUUCCUUACCCAGUCGGGCGGCGUUCCGAGCGAGUACGCCUCCAGACGCGCCGCGUACGAGCAGAGCAAGUCUCGUUAA